GCAAAAAAAUACAAGUAGUAUACAUCUCUUGUAUCAUGUAAGUUCAUGAAUAACUCACGUGUACAUACAUACAUGACAUUGCACGAUAUCAGGUUAACCGCUUGUCAUCUGUCGUUAUUAAAUUUAAAUUAAAUGCCAUAAAAAUUUAAAGCAACUUUUUUAGCAGAAAGCACAUUCGAAAUGGUACUUAUAAAAGGUAAGCCACUGACCAAGGGUGCGAAGCAAAUAAAGGAGGAGAAUGAUUCCACGCUGAGCUUCUACACCAACAUGGCCUUAGGAGCCAUGGGAAUUUACUUUGCUGUAACAAUGGUGAUGUUUGAGUUAACUACACUGACGAUAAUAAUAAUGGCGUUUUCUACAAUUGUAUAUGUAGGAAGUUAUCAGUUUAUGUCUUACAUGGCUCGUGCUACAUAUUCAGAGUCUGGCAAACUCCUGGAUUCUGGUGUUGAUCUCAAUAUGGAAGGCGGUAUAGCAGAACAUGUCAAAGAUUUAAUUAUACUGACAUCAGGAGUACAAAUCCUGUCCCUUAUUUCAAACUACUUCUGGCUGUUGUGGAUUCUGGUACCAGUUAGAGGAAGCUGGAUGCUCUGGAAACAAAUUUUGGCUCCAUGGUUUUUCGCCCAGCCACAAGAACAGCCCGAGAUAAGUGAAAAAAAGCAACGCAAGUUAGAGAAAAAAAUGGCAAGACGACAUUAAUAAAAUUAUCAUUAUCAAUUAGUGUACAACUGGUAUUGUACACUAAUUGAUUUAAAAUCGAGAUUUAGGUAAUAAGUUUGAGAGAAUCCGGAAAGUUAUAAGAAAAUUAAAACUAACUUUCCUCUGGAUAUUCAAGAUAUCGAAAAGUAUUAGAGUCGUUCAACAUUUAUAACAAAAUACAAUUUGAAAUCGAACGAGACUUUAGAAUUUGCGCAGUUUUACAAGGAACAAAUAUAGAAAUAAUUUUAUAGAAUUUAAAAGAACCGCCAACUGGGAAAUUGAUUUCAUUCCUUACUCGAAUAUUCCAUAUAAUAAUUUCUUGAUAGGUCAUUUCAACAUGUCUCAAAAUUAGGAAGAUUGAAACAUAUUCUCCUUAUUUAAUAAAUCUACGGACUUAUCCCUAUAAUAAGUCGAAGGCGAUGCUAAAUAAUUAUUAAAACUUAAAUGUAACAAAUGUAUUAUAUUCACAUUUGAAUAAGAUUAUUACAUAUUUAUUAUAUAUUAAUAGCUAAUUCAAUAAUUUAAUAACUAUUAUCAUCUUUGGCUUAUAUUUAUAGGAAUAAAACCGUAGAAGUCGCUAGACAAAAAGUAUCUCAGCACCAUUAUUUUUAACUUUGUUAUAAUACUAACGUAAACGGCGUUUUAUAAUUACAAUAUUAUGCAGUAUAUACUCCGUCUUAUAAAAAUCUUUGAUUAUGUGUGUAAGAAUUUGAAUAUAAAAAGUGGUGAAUAGGUGCCUUUUCACGAAAACGGAGAACGGAAUAACGAUGUCAAAAUGCGCAUUCAAAAAUAUAUAUAAAUGAAAGUCAAAUAAGAUAAUAGAUAUAUACUAAUACUUGUGUAUAUCGUAAUUUUAAAAGUUUAAUCAUUCUCUUUUCAAUGAAAAUUUGAUUCAAAAUAGAUAAGCAAUGACGUAAUGUAUAAAUCACGUUAUUUAUUAAAUUCUCAAAGUUGACAAAUUGACGCAUCACAGUGUUGCAUUUAAAUCUAAUGUAAUAUAUACAUGUAUAUAUAAUCUUUGUAUGGGAAUGUGGAAACUUACAGGAAUUAUAACGAUGUUUCAAUCGAUUUUGUAUACAUGGCAUUACGGUUUUUUUAAUAUAUAAUAUAAUAAUCAUUGGA